AACAACAAAAACGUACAAAGGACUAAAUAAGAAUUUAGGGUUUUGAGACUUCGGUGGAGUGAUUCUUCGCCUAUAAAAGCAACAUUUUCUUGUCCAAAAGUCUAACUUUGGUCAGCCGGCAGAAGCAGAGAGCCUACACUUAAAUCUCAAGCAAUGACAUUCAAGCGUAGGAAUGGUGGCCGCAACAAGCACGGCCGUGGCCACGUCAAGUUCAUCCGCUGCUCUAACUGUGGAAAAUGCUGUCCCAAGGAUAAGUCGAUCAAGAGAUUUCUUGUGAGGAACAUUGUGGAGCAAGCUGCUGUCCGAGAUGUCCAGGAAGCUUGCGUCUAUGACACCUACACUCUGCCCAAGCUGUAUGUGAAGAUGCAAUACUGUGUUUCGUGUGCGAUCCACUCGCAUGUUGUGAGGGUCCGAUCCCGUACCAACAGGAGGAACCGUGACCCUCCUCAGCGCUUCAUUAGACGCAGGGAUGACAUGCCAAAGCCUGGACAGCCUGGUCAAGCUUCUCAUGGUGCUGCGAAUCCACCUCGUGCUUAAGGUUCUUUGAGUUUCGAAUGGAUUUGUAUUUUUGUUUUGUCUCGCUAUAAAAUGGUUACUUGAGUCAUGUGAAACUGGGAGUUGUGUAGGAAGUUUUUGAUCAAAAUUUAAUUGUGUCAGACACAUUUUUGUUAAGCUAUGAAUUGUUGAGAAAACUAGUUGGAAUCUCAUUGUUUCUGCUUAACUUGUUCUUAAAACAUCUCUUACCAUUUGACA